AUGUCUGACGACGAAGUUGACACUGAGCUUCUUGAACUCCUGCGUCAGCACCUUCAGGGGAAGGUUGAAAUACAUGAUGAGCCCGAAACCGGCGUUCUCCAAAGCGCUGAAUAUGUCUACGAUAGCUGUAUCGACGUAGCUGUCGAUAUGCGUGCCUCAAAAAAGGCAGCCGAGAACAUAUACAAACAAAUGCAGCAAAAAAGUUAUUCAACUGCUACCUGGUCAGAGCACGAACUUCACCCCAAAGCAAAGGACGAAAGUACGGUCAACUUCAUCUUCACCAUGGACUUGCUAAACUUUUCUUUCUGGUCCGAAUUACCUGACGAUGAGAGAUUUGCCAUUGAGUACCGUGGAAAGAAGUGGACUGGUUAUUGGAGUUUGGUAGCAGCUCUUCAAAGGGCUCUUGAUGAGAACAUUCCCAUUACGGACCCAUUCUAUUGGCAAAAUGAACAGGAGUGUACCCUUGAAUCCCUUAGACGUGUCUUUAGAUCAUGCACUGAAGAGGAGAUUCCACUACUUGAGGAACGCUUAGACUGCCUUCGAGAAGCAGGACAGGUCCUCUGUAAAUACUAUGAUGGCGCUGUUAUAGAGCUAGUUUAUGCAGCUGAUGGUUCUGCGGCUCGCCUGGUAAACUUGCUGGCUCAAGACUUCAACUGCUUUCGCGAUGAGCAUCGUUACGAGGACGGCAAGAUGAUUCGCUUAAUGAAAAGAGCUCAAAUCCUCGUUGCUGAUCUAUGGGCAUGCUUCAACGGCGAAUCGUAUGGCGAAUUUCGUGACAUCGACAAGAUCACCAUGUUUGCCGAUUACCGUAUCCCUCAGAUCCUCAUGACCAUGGGAGCCUUGUACUGCUCUCCUAGCAUCGCAGCGGCUAUCAAUGAUAAGAAGAUGAUAGAGAGCGGGUGCGCAUGGGAACUGCAAAUACGAGCAUGCAGUAUCUGGUGUGUCGAAUUGAUUCGACGCGAAAUCCUACGCCAGCACCCUGACGCUCAUGUCAACGCCAUCCUUAUAGACUUUUUCCUCUAUGACAGCAUGAAGGAAUUAGAAGCAGCUGGGAAAGAGCCUAUUCCACACCAUCGAACAAGGAGUAUUUGGUAUUAG